AAAUAUAAACAUAUAUAUUUUCGGGUCGGGUUCAGGGAUGGGGAAGCCAAUACCAUCUCCUCCCCAUACCCGUCGAGGAUUUUUCAAGUUCGGGGAUCCCCAUACCCGAUACUCAUUUAACCCCGAAAUCUCCCCCUGUUAGGGUUGGAGACCCGACGAGGACCCGCCCCUACGGGUAUUUUUGCUAUCCCUAAUUUGUACUAAAAAAACAAAAACAAAAACAAAAAUGACAGUAACGUGGUGAAAUGGCAUCAUUGUCAUUUCCUCAUACUUCAGGGGCAAAAUAAUCCAAACCGCUUCUCUUUCCCAGAUGCGCGUAGAGGCCAGUGACAAAGAUGUAGCACUUCCAGAACGCACAGAGCUCUCUCUGAAACUAAAAAUGGCGUUCGCUUAUCAGAAAGUGGUUUACUUCGUGGCUUAAAUCACUCCAUGUAUGACCAGCAAUGAGCAGGAUGUUGAUUCUCAGAGGCUCGCCGUUUUCGGGUGGUAAAAUGUAAACAAGAACAAGCAGGGUAUCGUGAAUAAUCACUUUUCACAGAUUCAGACCUUGAAGAGUGAUGCAGAUCCUGAUUGUGCUGUGCGGCUGAUCAAUAUAUAUUUGCUUGAUGUUGAAAGAAUGUUAUCAGAAUUGACAUGCCUCAGUGAUUUACCUGAUGUUGAUUUUUCCAAAUUGGCUACACUGGCUCGCAGUAUAGAGGAGAAAAGCUCAUUAGUUGGUGCGGAACAUGUGAGAAGUGCAUGUGCUGAUCUCAUUCAGGCUUGCGAACGGAUGCAGAAGCAAAAUUUCCUCCGAGCCCUAGGUUGGAUAAAGAAUGAAUUCGCUCAUACCCGAAACAAGCUGGACUCCUUUGUUCAGCAAGCAAGGGUGGAGCCACCUUAGGCCCCGCAGGGGGGUGGUGGUGUACACGUGCCCCUUCUGACCCAAGGUGGUCCGCACAAAUUUCUAAUCAAGUUUAUACAAAAUUGUGCAAAUGUUCUUAGGUUUAGUAGUAUAGUCCCCCCCUUGAAAACAGUUGCUCCCUCUUUCCUCCCUUCGGCCAGUUUUCUUCCUCCGCCACUGAUCUGUAGUAUAACUUAAGGGCUUCCUGUUUCUCCCCAGCACCCCUUUUAUCUCUGGUUAAAUUUUUUAGUGAUUCUUUGAUUCCCUGGGUUAAAAGACUUUUCGAUUCAGUUUUGGUACUGGCCUCGUUUUGUUUCUGGAUUAAUUGGUUAUAUACCAUACUGAGGUAUAGUUUAUGAGCAAUGGACGUUCAACAAAUCCUUUGCUAGAUUUAAGUCAAAAUGGCUCUGUCAUGAAUUGUUUUCUCUUUUCGAUAUUCACAUGGAUAAGUAAUUUCUUUCUUAUUUUUUUGAGUACUUGCUUCUCUCAAACACAUUGGUACAGAUGGAGAGGAGGAUUUUCAGGGUCGAAGGCAGAGAAGUGAAGUAGAGAGAGCUUGUGUGCAGUCAAAUCUCCUCCAAGAGUGAGAGCUUCAUAAGGAUGUUUGCUUUCUUAGAAUAAAAGUACUAAACGAAACUCUGCUGCUGUCUUUGUACUUGUUGCAUCUUCACUUGGAAUGCUUUUCUAUAAUAAAAGGGAGCAUUGUAGCUCGCCACAUUAACUAAAGAUGCAUGCUCACCACCAUCCUUAAAUGGUGUCACCUGUCCCAUUGUUUUUUUUUAUGAGAAUCAAAAAAGAAAUCGAAAAAGGGCCCACAGCCCAUCUUCCCCUCUUUCCUCCUUUCCCCCCUUCCUUUUUUUUCUCUUUCCUUUCAUUCCCCCCACUAAAUGAGAUGUCAAAUUAACCUGGUCGUACGACCAUUUUGACAUCUCAGGUCCUAGCUAUUGGCUCCCCUUGACAAUUACUACAUCUCCAUCUCUAUUAUUAGAUUAGUUUCUGUCUUUAUUACUCUUUAGAGAGAGAGAGAAGCCAACAAGGAAGUGCAGUGCAGUGUACUCUUCUGUUUAUAAAAUACAGGAGUUUUGCCCUUAUUUUAUUUUUUGCA